GUGAACUACGUGACAUCAGUGAGGGAGCAGAAGAAGCGUGGUGCGCAGCGGAGCCGGGUGAACUGGGCGGGCGCUGUUGCACGUGUUCUGAAUCGGGGAGGUCGGGCUCGCAUCGCGUUCCUCAUGUCCAAUCGAUCCCCGCUCGGGAGGAGCGACGGGAGAGCAUCAGGAGUAUCACUCCUGCAUCCCUGAAUCCCUUCACUCUCAUCAGCAUCUCUCUCGGGCGACCGCGGCGCAUCUCCGCGUCAGACUCGGGCAGCGGCUUGGAGGGAGGAAGAGGAGGAGGGGGUAAGAGGAACUUGUUUGGAGCCGGAGCUCGCCUUCGGGAGGGACGGAAUUAACGCACUUCUUGGAGACUUUUUUUUUCCUUCCCCUCCCCAUAUCCAGUCUGAUCUUGAGAUGGGACUCGGUGAGAUCAUGGCAGCCCAGAGCCGGUCGCUAUUGCUCACCUGUGCCGUUUCUCCGGCGCAGCAGUAAAGCGCUCUCUUCUCACUAUUUUGUGUGGGAUCUGGACAAAGAGGAUCGGAAGGAUUGAGUGAAGUCUGGAAGUUGAAGAGGAAAAAGUGACAAAAGUGCUCCACUUCUCUCUCUCUUUCUCUCUCUCUCUCACUCGGAUCCUGUACAGUUGGCUCUGAUCAUGUCUUCGAGAUUGUAGAUCCGGAGGCGUCUUGUGUUUAAGACGAGGAAGAGGAGGAGGAAGAGAAGGAGAUUUGAGGUGCAAGUGAACGCCGCCAUGAGCUUCACGCUGUGAGGACCUGGCCAGUGGAAGACAGACGACAGACAGAUAGACAGACAGACAACAGAGGAUGAAGCUGAGGGGAAGGUCAGCUUGGCCUUGGCAGGUGGCCUUCCUCGUUGCCUUGGUGAUGCUCUGGGUUGACCCCGUGUCCGCCGGCAGCCGUAAUCAUCGGGGACCAACAGUGUCGUAUCAGGUGAAGCAGGGCACCUGCGAGGUGGUGGCCAUCCAUCGCUGCUGCAACAAGAACAAGAUUGAGGAGCGAUCUCAAACCGUCAAGUGCUCCUGCUUCCCGGGGCAGGUUGCCGGGACGACCAGAGCCAGACCCUCCUGCGUGGAAGCCUCUAUCGUCGCCCAGAAGUGGUGGUGUCACAUGCAGCCCUGCAUGGACGGAGAGGAGUGCAAAGUCCUGCCCGACCUGACAGGCUGGUCAUGCAGCACCGGCAACAAAGUCAAAACCACCAAGGUUACACGAUAGCGAGAGAGCCGCCGAGGCAAAAGGAAACCCGAAGCGCUCCAUGUGGAGACGGCGGAUGACUCACAUGCUUUCACAGCCCGACGGGGGAACAUGGAGGGGAAGGGACUGCUGUCUGUCACACAAAAAAACAAAAUGGAUCAAAUGUUCUCAUCAAAACCACACGGAGACACACACAUGCGGCGAAAUCUAUCAAACUGUUCACAGGAGCUAUGAGACUGCAGUCGGGGGUCACACACGGACAACGACUCAAUUCCUACUCUCUACGGUGGACCUCAAAAACACAAAGAUGCAGUAUUUUUGAAACUGUGCUUGAGCCCAGCGUUUCUGGCGCGAGAGCGUAGCGUGAGCUCCAGGACGCGCUGACGGCGUCGUCAAACUCUGGAAGCCUCUGCCGGGGACGGGAGUGAAGAAGGUCUGGGAGCAAUGAAAGGGAUAAAAGCUCAUAACUGGCAAAAUAGCAAAUUAGCAUCAGAAUGCUCUUGUGGGUCAUGUCACCGACGCUCGCACUGUUUUUGCAGGAGUCAUUUCUCGGCUCUAAUUAGGGGGGGGAUUGCAGUAGAAUCAUAACAGCAUUAUUAAAAAUUCAUGUAGGAUAUUUGCACCCGUCGGAACCGUUUGGGUGAUGCUUUAUUGUUCGGUACACGGCGCAUCCUUUGUGGUGGAUCGGAAAUGAAGCUGGAGGUGAAAGCGUUUUGUAAACUGUCAGACGUUCGAAGUACUGUAGAUAAAUAUGCAUAUCGUAAACCAUUAAUUCUGAGUAGUUAUUUGGUAAAAAAAAUAAAAAUAAAGUAUUCAUG